AACCCAAAACGACAUCGACAGUUCACAGGUUUAUUAGACAGUCAGAAAGAUUUCCGUCAAGGUUCCCUUCUAAAAGCGCUCACACGCAUAAAAGUCUCAUUGAACUGUCCGACUCUCCCGGUCACGGUGGCUGUCACUUCUAAACCCCGUUGCUUAAACCCUCACUGACCUUCCUUUUCAAAAAAAGGGAAAAAAAAAACCUCAUUGAUCCCUCACCGGCAAUUGAUUACCACUUCAAUGUCUCGCUUAAUUCGAACUGUUCGGAGGACAAUUCUCUCUUCUUCUUCUCUUUCUCUUUCUCAUCUCCAAUGUCGAAACGCCAUCUCAUCUCUCUUUCUCCAAUCCAGACCCUACAAAGCUGACAAAAUUACCAAAUCCACCUUCGAAGCUAACAUUCUCCGAAUCCUCCACAACGAGAUCGAUUACCAGUCCGAGUAUGCUCCUCCUCACCAGCCUGCAACCAAAUUUGAUUCAUUUGAUGUACAAGAUCGACCGGGAGAGCAGUGGAUGACAAUGAGAAGAACAUUUAGUUAUUGUGAAGAUAUUAAACUUGAAGUUACAAUGUUUGAUGGUUAUGAAACUGUUCCCAAUACUGGGGAAGAUAGCUCAGGUGAAGAUGUGCGCGUCCACAUUAGUGUGCUUGUUGAUAUCUCCAAGGGAGAUGGUGGCGAUGCGUUGGAGUUUUUGUGCUCAGCAUGGCCUGAUUGUUUGGAGAUUCGGAAAGUUUACUUGCUCAGCCGUGACAAUACACCGGCUAGGCCUUAUAUGGGACCUAAUUUUAGGAGUUUGAAUCGCCAGCUUCAGAAUAGAUUUCGUGAGUUCUUGGAGGAAAGGGGGGUAAAUGAUAAACUUUCUGUUUUCUUGCAUGAAUAUAUGAUGAAUAAGGAUAGAGCUGAACUUAUCCGAUGGUUUGGAAAGGUCAAGUCUUUUGUCAAAAAAUAGAGGUUUUUCUUUUACAGUGCCUUCUGUAAGACUGGCUUUAAAGUUUGAUUCGAUGGGACUGGGGAUUAUGCAAUGUGUGUAGCUCAAUUGUGAAAUAUAAUAUGCCAAUUGUUGGCUUCUCGAGGAUUUUCUUUUCUUUUUUAAGCUAAUGAUUGAGUCUCAAAGCUAUAAAGCUGCAGGAAUAUUUCAGUAUUAAUAAUCUUCAUUGUUGUUAAAGGCGUACAUAAUGCACAAUGCCACUGGACUCAGCACUUCUUUUAAGCGGGACUCCCAUAUGCAAGUACUAAGAAGCGAACACUUUGGCAUUGGUAAGGUCUUUUGUCUGUAAAGGGGACCAAUAGUAGACAGAUAACUUGCUGUUCUAUCAGAAAUUGGUUUGUGCACGCUGGGAAGUACUAAAAGUGCUGUUGCCAACUUGCCAUCAGCCAAAAUUCGUCGGCUUCCUGCUGGACAGUCAACCUUGGGUUGCUGGUUAUCAAUACUUUUAUUUCCAACAUUGACGUGCGUUAAAUCCCUUUCCUGCCUUGUUUGGGUCCUCUUUUUCUCUGGUUCAAUUUCCCCUGUUCCCUAUCGUAACUUAGAUCCUUUUUUGGUAACACAUCUCAAAGAAGUGCUACUUCUGGUUUGAUUUUUGUGGCAAGCUACAUUAAUAACUUGUUGACAGAAUUUUCUGUUAUAUAUUCUAAAUCAGAGUGGAGAUUCUAUCAAUGAAUGGAAAGGUGAAAAUGUUACAAUUUGAGGGCCUAUGAUAGGAAUGGAAGGGAUCAUCAAUUGACGCAUGGUAGUCUUGUAUUUGCCACCGUAAAUGUGGAAAUUUGAGUCUUGUGAGUUACUGCAUAAUGCAAUAAUAUGGCAGGAGUAGGAUUCUCAGUACUUCUCACGCCCAAGCUUCCACAUCUGUGGUUUGUUGCUUUUCCUAUUUUUCCCUGGUGGUUAAAUAUGGAAAUCGAGAGAUUACCAUAAGUAAUAGGCUGCAGUCAGAAGCAAUUACCUGAAAACACGAGAUUCAUUGUUUAUUGGAGCAGUUGGCAAGUUAAAUUCAUCCUAAUUGUCAUUUUGAGUUAUGGGGAGAAAACAUUACUGUAUAGACUCGGAAAUUAAGUAGCAUCAUCUUGAAUAUAAAUGAAGAGUGUAUUACUGUUAUUCUCUUCCUGGAUGUGGGUUAACUGGCAUAUACUUUAGUUUAGCUGGUUUUGCAGGUUGAAGCAUUAAAGGGUUCUGAGAUCAAGUGAAUAGAGCUCAAUAGAUCAAAUUGAUGCCUUUAGGAGAGUUCUUGCAAUAUUUACUUUCAUAAUGGCCUAAAGAGGUUCAAAGAAUGUUGGAAUUUCAAAGACAUAAGUUGACUGGAACCACAGACAGGAAGUCAGUCCCUCCAACAUUGCUUUUUCUCAUUGCUUAGUGCUCUUGCUCAUCUUAGAUAGUGGAGAGGAGGACAUUUACAAUUGGAUAUGGCAUCAUGUUGAUCUGUUGAAAUAUAUGCUCGCCAAAGUUGUUUCCACAUGGUUGGCUAGAAUUUUUGGACUUUGUGUUUUACAUUUUAUGUUAGGAUCAAUUAGAUUCUUUUGUUUAUGUAUGACCCACUAGAACUUUAAUUGCAUGUCCAUCUUGCUCUUUAGCACGAUGAGCUUUACUCAA